AUGGAACUGCCCUUGCGCAAAUGGCGCUGCGGCGCUGGUGCUGCGCAUGAAGGCUUCAUCGGGCGAGAUGGAGAUGUCCCAGUGCAGGGCUUUGACUCCUUUACAAACGUGUGUGGUUGCACGCAAGUGGUGACGGAGAUAGAAGCAGCGAGUGCGCUGCCAGACUCCGCGCCUGGCACGAUGGCUCCGGCCGACGAGCUGUGGCGUGGGGAUGUGCAUCCGCGGUUGCAAGGACAGGCGUCGACUUUAUCAUCGGCGGCCCCGACUGACAACUUUGCAUCGCAGACGGCCGCGGUGAGCAGCUCGUGGUCUGCGUCCGGGCUGCCGCAGCGGUUGCCCCAACCGGGACCAGCUUUUAUGACGCUGCCUCCAGCCAUGCAACAUUCAACAGAGUCGGGGCGGCCGGGGCAGGAGUAG